AUGCUGCGCAAGUGGCUGCGUCGGCCGCUGUGGCCGCUGCUGUCGCCAGCGCUCGGCACGCAACGACUCGAGCGACGGACUUCUCCUUUCGUGCCCGCGUUGUGGCGGCCAAACCGAUGCCCCGCACGGGGCUUUGCGAUGCCCGCAGCCAUUUUGAACCAGAUGGACCUCUUAGGGCGCCGCUAUGAUGAACUGGCGCACAAAUUGUCGCAUAACGAUGGCAGCUUCUCGUCCGACACCAUCACGACGCUGUCCAUUGAGAUGGCCGACUUGGGGCCCAAAGUCGCAGCGGUGCGCGAGCUACAGAGGCAGCAGAGAUCCGUGCGGGAGCUGGACGAACUGAUUGCAGAGCAGACAAAGAGUGACGACGCUGACGCCGUGGAACUGCGUCGCAUGGCCGAAGACGAGCGGCGAGAGGUGCUGAACGCCAUUGAUCGCAUGGAAAGCGAAGUGGUGCGUCUCAUGCUCCCACGCGAUGCAGCAGACGACCGAAGUUCGAUCGUCGAGGUUCGAGCUGGCACUGGCGGGGACGAGGCGUGUCUGUUCGCGUCCGACAUCUUGAAAAUGUACCAAAAAGUGGCGCUGGCGAAAGGCUGGAAGUUUGAAAUCAUGAGCUUGUCCGAGACGGACUUGGGUGGCUGCAAAGAGUGCGUCUGCUUGCUCACGGGACGCGGUGCUUACGGUCGCAUGAAGUUCGAAAGCGGUGUCCAUCGCGUGCAGCGCGUACCAGUGAACGACGUGCGUGUGCACACGAGCGCUGUUUCCGUCGUCGUUCUUCCGGAAGCCGAAGAAGUUGAGGUGGAACUGGACCCCAAAGAUCUCCGCAUCGAUGUCUACCGCGCGUCGGGUGCUGGUGGGCAGCACGUCAACACAACCGAAAGCGCAGUGCGCGUCACGCACAUCCCGACGGGCAUUGUCGCAGCCGUGCAGGACGAGCGGUCUCAGCACCAGAACAAGGCCAAAGCUUUGAAGAUCUUGCGGGCCCGUGUGUUUGACGGUAUGCGUCGACAACGCGAUGCCGAGCGUCAGAAUAUGCGGAACUCGCAAGUGGGCUCGGGCGACCGCUCGGAGCGGGUGCGCACGUACAACUUCCCGCAGAGUCGCGUGAGCGACCACCGCGUGAACGUGACAGUCUUUGGCAUUGAGCGGAUGUUGAACGGUGAGCUGCUGGACGAUAUCGUCGAUGCGCUUGUGGUCGACGAGCAAAACCAUUUGAUGGAGCAGUUGGACACACUGUGA